AUGGCUACUUCCAUCUGCCUCCCCAACAAAGCUUCAUCCUAUAGAGAAUUUAUCAGAAGGCAUGUGGACAACCCCAAAACGGACCUUCAGAAUGAUCACAACUACUGCAACCGAAUGAUGCGCAGCAAAGGCUUGAAAUGUCAACGGAGCAACACCUUCAUCCAUGCCAGCAGCGAACGGCUGAUUGCCAUCUGCAACUCCAGAGGAAAAAAACUGGAUGGCAACCAGACCAGCAAGACCCUGUUCCCGAUCACCAUCUGCAUCAAGAGUAACCACCGCAGAACAAUUUUUUGCAAGUAUCAAGGGAGAAGUGAGAUCAGGAAGAUCCGAGUCACAUGUUCCAAGGGCCUUCCAGUCCACUAUAUUACCCACACUUGA